AUGGAGUACACGCUGACGUUCCUGACCCACGACAAGUUUGAUUUCUCGAAUGCCCAGCAGGGCAAGCUGCUUGGCUUCAUCGGCAUUGUGUCGACGGUGAUCCAGGGCGGCUAUGUGCGCAGAGUCAAGAGCAGGUCGGGAAGCCGCGACAAGGCUCUGGUUGCCCAGGGCAUGGCUGGCUGCGCACUCGGCCUGCUUUCCAUCGCCAUCUGCGCUUUCAAGGCAGAGGCCACAGGCUACUCGGCACCCUCGUGGUGGCUGUGGGCUGGCUCGUUUGGCUUUGCCCAGGGCAUGGCCCCCAAGGACACAGGCAAGCGGCUGGGCGAUUUUCGGUCUGCGGGCCAGAUUGGCCGGGCGCUGGGCCCAAUGUUGCGCGCUGCCGUAUGCUACCUCAUUGGCGCCAUCGCUGUCGCUGCCAUCACCACAGUGUUUGUGUCAACCAUCCCGUCAACAAUCACCCGGGGUGCAGCCAAGGCUAAGACCAGCUAG